CUCAGCACUGUGAAGAGACUGGAGAAAGGGAUAUUAUGGGGUUCAAAGCUCUCUGUUUGGGUCUGUUUUGUGCUCUCUAUGCUUCUUACAUUUAUAUCACCAUUCCAGGCAACAUUGAAGAAUACUGGAAAGUAAUAGCCUUAUUUACAGUUGCUAAAACCUGUACAUUUAUGGAUAUGUGUUUUGAAAACUUAGGUAUUAUGAAACAUGGGGACUUAAUUUCCAUGAUAUUCAGUCUGGACUAUACACAGCCACUCUCAGAUGAAAAUGUCACAGUGACCGAUACAAUAUUUGUUGAUACUCCAGUACGUUUGUACUUGCCAAAGAGAAAGUCAGAAAUCCGAAGACCAGCUGUCAUCUAUAUUCACGGUGGUGGUUUUUGCUUUGGAAGUUUCAAGCAGAGGGCUUAUGACUCCCUGAAUAGAUGGACUGCAAACAAACUCAAUGCUGUUGUUGUGGGAUUGGACUAUAGACUAGCUCCUCAACACCAUUUUCCUGCUCAGUUUGAAGACAGUUUCACUGCAGUCAAAUUUUUUCUUCAAGAUAAAAUUCUUAGAAAAUAUGGAGUGGAUCCCACCCGAAUCUGUGUUUCAGGAGACAGUUCUGGGGGCAAUUUGGCAGCAGCUGUGACUCAACAGGUGCAGAUUGAUCUUGAAAUAAAGCAUAAAAUCAAGCUUCAAGCUUUAAUUUACCCUGUCUUACAGAUAAUAUAUUCUUGUUUGCCAUCUCACCAAGAAAAUGAGCAUGGUAUAAUUCUAGCAAAGGACUUGGGCAUAAAACUCAUUAGCUCAUAUUUAACCACUGAUGAAACAGUUACCCAAGCAAUGAGAAGAAACCAACAUAUGCCUCUGGAAUCAAGACACCUGUUUAAGUUUGUUAACUGGAGUACUCUUUUACCCAAGAAGUAUAGAAAAAACCAUGUUUAUACCGAACCAGUUCUUGGAAGACAUAAUUAUUCAUUGCCAGCACUUAUGGAUAUCAGAGCAUCUCCCUUGUUAGCCAAUGAUUCUCAGUUACAGAAUUUGCCAUCAACUUAUAUUCUUACCUGUCAGUAUGAUUGUGUAAGGGAUGAUGGACUUAUGUAUGUCACAAGACUUCAGAAUGUUGGAGUUCAAGUUACUCAUGACCAUAUUGAGAAUGGGUUCCAUGGAGCUUUAUCGUUCAUGGUGUCACCAGUGUACUUACGUCUAGGUCUGAGGAUAAAAGACAUGUAUAUUAGUUGGCUGGAUAAGAAUUUAUAAAUGUAAUAUAUAUAAAAUAUAUAGGGCCACCAGUUAAUGGGUUGUAAUUUGUGAUAUACAAAUUAUCACAGGUGUGGUACAAAGAACAAUGUCAUUUGUGUUAUCUGAAUGGAGAUUAAAAUCAGUUAUAAAAGUGA